AUGUUGGUUCCAGUAAUGACGACUUGUGGCCAUAAUUACUGUUAUGAUUGCAUUUCCAGUUGGCUCACCAGCAAUAACUCUUCUGAGUUUUCGUGUCCACAAUGCCGCCAGCCUGUUCAAGAGGCCCCUGUACUGAAUCUAGCGUUGCAGUACUUUGUGCGCUUGUUCGUAAGUGAAUUGGACGCCAAAUCAGCUUCUUCGCUGGUAGAAGAUCAGGAAACUGCACUAGCGCUCUUCAGGGAUGACCAAGUAUGUGGAAAUUUGUUCAAAGGUGCCUUCGCAGGCUCUGCAAUUGCUGUGGUCGAUAACGACGAUGGUGUAGCGCGCUGCAGUAGGUGUCAUUGGGAAGUUGAGGGCGAUACGUGUCCGCAUUGCGAUGCCAAGAUCCGAAAUAACGCAGAGACCCGUUCCGAUGAGGAAUUGAACAGCGACGAGUACUCUGAGGACGAACUAAGAGUGCUGCGCAGUGGAGCGGGUCCCAGUCAGUUCCUCGUCGAUGCGGAGGCAGAAGAAUCGGAGGAUUCCUUCAGCGACUCCGUCAUCGAAAGACGUUUUGCCGCAGAGAGACGUCGAAACAGCAUUGACAGCUUUUCUGAGGUGAGCAGAAACGGAUUAGGAGACCGAUCGGAAGACUCGGACAUGGACUCGUUCAUUGUCGACGAUCCGAGUGACGACGAUAAUGCAAACAAGAUGGACCCUCUGAGCGACUCCGAAAUAGAGAGAGUGCGCGUGCGAGGGCUGCAAGGCUACGGCGACAGCGAUCGCGAUAGCUACGACAGCGAAUUCGACGAACAUAACGACCCCGAGGGUUUCGUAAGCGGCGACAGCUUGGACGACGAACCAAAUCUAAAGCCUCCCAGCUCCGACGCCGACUCUGACAGCUUCAGCAAGUCACGCAAACGUCGUGCCGUUGUUCUUGACAGUGAUUCCGAAAGCGAAGAUUGA